CCUAAUGAAAUACAAUCCAACCUCCCACUCUCAGUAUCGAAGCCCAACCCGAGACCCGCCGCCGGUAUCACAGUAACACCAGAACAACCUCCGCACACACGGCUUCCUCCCACCGCGGCACACUUCCUCUACCAGACCGCCGAUACCGGAGAGAACGCCGCGGCACACUACCUCAAUUGUGAUUUUGUAGUUUGAUUUUCUUUUGGGUAAGUGUUUUCAAAAAAUCUUUAAUUGAGUGGGUGAAAUUGGGUAACGACUGAUUGUUGAAGAUUUCGGUUGGGGUGUUCUGUGAAACUGGGUUACACGUUCAGAUUCUAUAAAUUAUAAGCGUCGCCGCCGCCGCUGCCAACAACGUCAACAGCAGCGCCGAUGGAUCAAGAUGUUUUAGUUGAUAAAGACUUCCCCUUGUUUUCUAGACCGCCGAAACGCCCCAAACUGACUGCUGCAACCUCCACCACCGUCACCCAAAACCUUGAGGCGAAAACCCCGCAUGUCGAAAAAGCAACAAACCUUGACGAUGAAACUAGCACUACCACCACAUUCGCUGACCUUGGCCUUGCUGAGUGGGCAGUGCGGACCUGCAAAGAGCUAGCAAUGCGCAAACCCACACCAGUGCAAUCCCACUGCAUACCGAAGAUUCUUGCAGGCCGUAAUGUGCUCGGCGUUGCGCAGACGGGGAGCGGAAAAACUGCCGCUUUUGCGUUGCCUAUGCUUCACCGACUUGCUGAAUACCCUUUUGGGAUCUUUGCACUCGUGGUGACUCCAACUCGGGAGCUGGCGUACCAGUUGGCCGAGCAAUUUAGGGCGCUUGGCUCUUGCUUGAAUUUGCGGUGUGCAGUGGUGGUUGGAGGAAUGGACAUGUUGACCCAGAAGCAGAGUUUGACAAGGAGGCCACAUGUGGUUAUUGCAACACCGGGGAGGAUCAAGGUCUUGUUGGAAGAUAAUCCUGAUAUUCCUCCUUUGUUCUCCAAUACUAAGUUCUUGGUUUUGGAUGAAGCAGAUAGAAUUUUGGAUGUUGGCUUUGAAGAGGAAUUGAGAGUGGUGUUCCAGUAUUUGCCAAAAAAUCGACAAACUCUAUUAUUUUCUGCAACAAUGACAAGUGAGCUAGAAACACUGCUUGAGCUUUCUUCUAAUAAGGCAUACUUCUAUGAGGCAUAUGAAGGCUUUAAGACUGUUGACACUCUUAAGCAGCAGUAUAUUCCCAUCCCCAAAUAUAAGAAGGAGCUUUAUCUAUACCACAUUUUGUCUAAAUUGGAGGAUUUUGGUGUUCGGUCUGCGAUCAUAUUUGUGUCCACCUGCAGAACUUGUCACCGUUUGAGUUUAUUACUGGAAGAGCUUGAUCAGGAAGCAGCGGCACUGCAUUCUUUUAAAUCUCAGUCUCUAAGGCUUGCUGCCCUUCAUCGAUUCAAAUCUGGACAAGUUCCUGUAUUGCUUGCGACUGAUGUUGCCGGUCGUGGUUUGGAUAUCCCUCUUGUUGAUCUUGUCAUUAACUACGAUAUUCCAAGGUCUGCAAGAGACUAUAUUCAUCGUGUAGGGCGUACUGCAAGAGCAGGCAGAGGAGGGCUGGCUCUGAGCUUUGUCUUUCCGAAUGAAGUUGUUCUCGUUCAUGAAAUCGAAGCUGUUCUUGGAAAACAAAUGGAAAAGUUUGAGUGUAAAGAGAAUGAAGUGCUUUCUAAUAUUACAAAGGUUUCGAAUGCCGGAUGCGUGGCAAAUAUGAACAUGGUGGAUGAUGGCUUUGAGGAGAAAGCAAAAGAACGCAAAAAACAGAAAUUGAAAACCCUAUCAGAGAAAGGAUUAUUGAAGAAAAGGAGUAAAAAGAGAAAAGGAGAUAGAUCUGCUAAAUAGGUUGAUAAUUUUUGUGGUUCAUCUUUGUAUUUAUCUUCUUCUAUCACUGAGUGACAACUUAUUAAUUCGGAUGUGAAUCAAAAUGGUGGAAGUUUUACUUCUGCCUCACUCUGAGAAUGCUAAUUGCAUUGUUCUUUGGUGAUUUUCUA